AUGGAGGAGCCAUGUGCCCUCUGGGUACUGCUUCUCAGGAAGUUCAGCAUAGGAAAGCUAUCUGCCCUAGAAGUGCAGGAGGUCGCUUCAGCUGCAGUGAAGAGUGGUGCUGACAAUGCAGAGAUGAGAGCCCUGCAAGGAUUAGGAGGUAUGGGGCAUGCAAGAGGAAAUGUUCACAGGGACUUGGUGAGAAAAUAUUUCUCACUGCUGCUGUCCCCAGAGCCAUGGGAAAUCCAAUGCCCCUUGGCUGUGAAGCAAGGGGGGCACAGGAUUGAGAAGGAAGCAUCUACUCACAUGUUGCUGCCCCAUCUUUGGGUGAUUGAGGCCCAGGAGAACAACUUCUUGGGUAACCUGUGCUGCAAGGAUGAGGAGAUUGCUGCCUUUUGGAAGAGUCAAAUGAAGAGCCCCCAAAUGACACCUGAGCUGAAACAAGUGAUAAAGACUUCACAGCCAAGCCAGCUCCCAGUACCAUACCUCUUGCAUGGAGAUGCAGCACCCUUCACAGAAGUGGACAGUAUCCAAGUCCUGAGCUUCAGGUGCCUGCUCUCCAGCAAAGCAGUGACCCAAAGCCAGAUGCUCAUCUCUGCCCUGCCAAAGCUGGCCAUGACCAAGGAGACCUGCAAGAGGAUGAUGGAAGUUUUGGCUUGGUCUUGGCAAGUGCUAUGGGAUGGAGUGGUGCCCAAAAAGGAUAAGGCUGGGGACCCCAUUGAGAAGCACAGAGGUAAGAGGAUGAGAAAGGGGGUGCUGUGGUCAGUGAGUGGAGAUUUGGAAUGGUUUGCAUCAGAAUUUGGCUUUCCAUAUUCUGCAGCCAAUAUGCUUUGCCCCUUCUGCCUGGCAGAUCAAUUCAAGGAGGGGAGCCCCAGACCUUUCACAGACUUCAGGGCCACAGCAGCCUGGAGACAGACUACUCUACCUCCAGCCAAACUUCAGAAGAAAUUUGCAGGUCACCCACUUUUUAGAGGAGGAGGAGGAGCUCCACAUGCAUCAGCUUUGAGCAUUAAGUUGGAUAUACUACAUGUGCUUGACCUGGGAGUGGCAGCCUAUGCCCAUGGCUCCUUGCUGUGGAGCAUUAUGGAAGAGCUGCCAGGAGCAAGCAGAGCUGUGAGGCUAGCCAACUUGAACCAAAAAGUGGUGGAGGCCUAUGACAAGGUUGGGCUGGAAGCCCAAAAGAGGAUGAAGCACUUGUCUUUGUCAGACCUAGCAGAAACUGCAGAAGAAUACCCCUGCCUGAAACAUGUCAAAGGAGCAAAAAUUCGCUACUUUGCCCCUGCAGCCUUCGAGUUGGCCAAGGAGUGCAAUGAGACCAAGAGUGGGAAGCACAGAGAAGCACUGGCUAAGCAGUUGGUGAAAGUGUACAAGAUUCUUGGAAGCAGUUGGGAGGAUUGGGACUUUGAAGCUUUCAAGAAAGCAGUGGACGACUUCAUGGCCCACUACAGCUGGCUGGCAGCCAAUGCAUUGCAUGAAGGCUUGCACCUCUGGAGUUUAGUUCAGAAAUCCCAUGUUUUGCUUCACCUGGCAGAGCAGAGCAAAUUCAUGCACCCCUGCCUGAAUUGGACAUAUGGGAGUGAAUCCUUCAUGGGCUGGACAGUCCAAAUCGCCUCCAGCUGCACAAGUGGCACUCCAGCUGAGAAGCUUCCUUUGAAAUUCUUGCAAAAAUUCAGGCUUGUGUUUCACCUCAGAAAUUGGAAACUCUUUGGGCUGGACAGCCUGGUGACCUUGCAAAAUGUGUGGCCACAGCCUUUUUUGGUUCUGAAAGCUGGGCCUAGAAACAAACAGAGCCCUUGUGCCAUGGAAGGCACCCUGCCAAAGAGAAGGAGGGUGAGCUAUGUGAAAGGUGAGCUGACAGCCAGCCCAGAGCUUUGGGCUGCAGGGUGGAGACUUGACCCACAUGAGAACAGCCAAGUUCUGGUGCCUCCUCCAGGCCUGGAAGAAGAUGAUGUGCAAGGAGAAAAUGAUGGGCAAGGAGAAGAUGAGAGGCAAGGAGAAAGCACACAAGCUGAAGAAGGGCCCCAGUGUGAAGAAGAAAGCAAAGAACCUGAAGGAAAUUAG